GUAUCGCCCACAUUCUCUGUUCACUUAUUAACGGUCUCCAGAUUUCGGGAAUGCAGAUGUUGCUUUUUUGUGUGCUUCGUUUCCGCACUGUCAGUAUUUCCGUUUCCACUCCGUGGAAAGUAAUGCCGCUCUGCGAAUAGUAGCUGUCUCGUAGCGGAGAGUAGGAAGCAUCUCUGUGUGAACUUCAUUCGGGAACAGGAGUUUCAGAGGCGUGAUCAUGGGGGACAUCGAGGCUCCGGAGAAUAACCGACCACGACAGACCAUAGUUCGUUCUCUUCUCCCGAGUAAAGAAUUCAUCACCUCCCGAAAAGGACUACUGCUGCUCGGUGAAGUGGUGAUGUCGUUCAUCAGCUUUGUGUGCUUUGCUGCUUCAACAGCAGCUGCCUUCGUCACAGCUCCCUUCAUAGAGUUCUUGGCUGCCCUCUUCUUACUGUUUGCUUAUUCUACAAAGUUCAAUGAGAGAUUCAAGGGCUUUCACUGGCCCCUCAUGGACUUCCUGCGCUGUGUCAGCGCAUCCAUCAUCUUUUUCAUCAUUUCUAUGAUAUCUGUGUCAAAAUAUCUGGAUGGAGCCUCAAAGGCUGCUGGGGUCUUUGGCUUCAUUACCACAAUAUUCUUCGCCCUAGACUUUUAUUUCAUCUUCAAUGAACUGGCCAACUUCCUCAAGGGAGGUGAUUCCAGUGAGGAACCACCAAACACACAAGAUGAUGACUCAGACUCUGACUCUGACUAAAGCUGUGAUUGUGUCCAAAAACCUGGUGUGCGACCACUACAGUGCCUGAUAACCAAAACAAAAACAAAACUUUUUUAUUGUUUGUUGUUUUGGGUAUACUUUUUGUGACUAGAGUUAAGCAGUCUAUUUCAAAUCACAUAAUAGAAGCUAUAGAGUUUUCAGUCAUUUUUGUAUGCGUCCAUACAAGCCUUUCUCAUUUGAUUUUCCCAAAGCGAAUUAGUCUAUCAACAGUCAAGCUUGUUGAUAGAUUUUUGGAAGAAGGGCAGUAUUGUACCAUUUGUGAUGACUAUGUACUGCCUCUUACAGCUUAGGUGUACUUAUAGUGUUAAAGGGAUAGUUCACCCAAAAAUGAAAAUUCUGUCAUUAAAGGGAUAGUU